AUGAGUAGAAAACUUUUUAUUGUACUGCUUUUGUUGUUUGUGACUCUGGGAGAAGCAAGGAAAUCAUUUCUCAGUUUUCUGACUAUAGAAAAGACUGAAAUACUAUUUUUCACAAAGACUGAAGAAACUAUCAUUGUAAGAUCAAGUUACAAGGAUAAAUGGCCAAACUCUAGUUACCUCUUUGUGCAACUAGAAGAUCCGAAAAUGCUGCGAGUGGUGAAUGUGACCAAGACCUUAUCGGAUGUUACAAACUUCACCAUAAACCUAGUAACAGAUGAAGUUGGAGAGACGAAUUUGACCAUUCAGCUGUGGGAUUCUGAAGGUAGGCAAGAAAGACUCAUUGAAGAAAUAAAGAAUGUCAAAGUCAAAGUGCUCAGACAGAGAAAAGAUGAUCUUUUCCAGGCAUCAAUGCGUAUUGAUAGAAAUAUCCUAAUGAUUUUUCUGCCAUUGAUACUGUUAAAUAAAUGUGCAUUUGGUUGCAAGAUUGAAUUAGAGGUGUUUCAAACAGUAUGGAAGAAACCUUUGCCAAUAAUUCUUGGGGCAGUUACGCAGUUUUUUCUUAUGCCCUUUUGUGGAUUUCUUUUGACUCAGAUUUUGGCAUUGCCUGAGGCACAGGCGUUUGGAUUUAUAAUGACCUGCACCUGCCCAGGAGGGGGUGGGGGCUAUCUCUUUGCUCUGCUUGUAGAAGGAGACAUCACUUUGGCCAUUUUGAUGACUUGCACGUCAACGUUAUUGGCCCUGAUAAUGAUGCCUGCCAAUUCUUAUAUAUACAGUAGAAUGUUAGGGUUAUCAGGUACCUUUCAUAUUCCCGUUUCUAAAAUCACGUCAACACUCCUUUUCAUCCUUAUACCUAUAUCAGCUGGAAUAGUCAUCAAGCGUAGGAAACCUGAAAAAGCAAAGCUUCUGGAGAGAAUAAUUAGACCUUUGAGUUUUAUUUUAAUGUCUGUAGGGAUUUAUAUGACUUUCAGAAUAGGAUUAAUGUUUCUAAAAACAGUUAGCCUAGAGGUGCUUCUGUUGGGUGCCUUAGUUCCUACUUUGGGUUUGUCGUUUGGGUACUCCUUUGCUACAAUUUCUAUGCUGCCUCUUCCUGUUUGUAAAACUGUUGCUAUUGAAAGUGGCAUACUAAAUAGUUUCUUGGCCCUUGCCAUUAUUCAGCUCUCCUUUUCACAGUCCAAGGCAAACUUAGCUUCUGUGGCUCCUUUUACAGUAGCCAUGUGUUCUGGAUGUGAAAUGUUAGUGAUCCUUCUGGUCUACAAGGCUAGGAAAACAUGGAUCCUUAUAGAAGAUAAAAGAAAAAACAUUCCCUUGGCCUAA